AUGUUGGAGCGUCGCGGGACUCUUCGAUACGGCGCAGCCCGUCGCCUGCGUCAGUUUGGUUCGCGCGACAGCAUCCUCCUGACCCCCGGCGCGUCGUUCUCGAUGCAGUCGUCUUCGGGCCUGUUCCUCCCGCAACUCGGUGCCGCGGAGCCGCGCUCGCUCUCGCGCGACUCGGACUCUCCGCGCGACUUCGACGUCGACUCCGCGAUGCGCACGAACCCCCGACACAUGCGCGGGGGCUACCCCGGCCAAGGAGACAGGGACAGGGGCGAGCGGGAGCGAAGUCGCAGCUACCUGGGGCACGCGCCGCUCGGCAGAGGCCUGUCGCCUGCCAACGGCGGAGACGGCCGAGAGGACUCCGGCGGCUACGGCGGGCGAGGCCAGCUGGCUGGCCGUGGGGGGCGAGACAGGGACGACGCGUCCGAGGGCGACUCGGCGCUGGGUCGCGGCCUGUACUGGGCGGGCGAGAAGAGCCGAGGCGAGAGGGGCGACGCCAGACUCGCCGACAUGACUUCGGCGCUCUCAAUCACAACUGAGGACGACUUCGCGGCCGGAGGCCCCAAUGCCGAGCACGCCUGGCUCCGGAAGGCUGACACUUUCACCCAGGCAGACGAAGACCUCGUCAGCUCGGAGACAACCUACGUCGCGAUGCUGCGCGAGGAACUAUGGCAGGCGCUCUCUGCCCACGUCGCCAUGUGGCGGAAAGAGAAAAUUGAGGCCGGCCUGAACUGUCUAGAACAGAUCGAGUGGUUCUGGGGCGCCGAGGGUAUGCAGAAGGUCCAUGAAGUCCGCGCUCUCGUGAAGGACAACAAAAUGGACUCUGCUGGCGUCGUCAUCUCGAGCGUCACGGCCUCCAUGUCCUCCGUCACAGGGAGCAUGCAGGGGCGCCACCACUGUUUCUACGUCUUGGUGGUGGUUCCGCCGUGCACGUUUCGGAACAGAGACCACCGGGUGAAUUUGGCAGCGGAGUUGCGUCGCAUCGCGUCGAAGGAGCAGUCGCAGGACUCGUCUCUGGUGUAUCGGAUCGUGGAGGUGGACAGCAUCCGCCGGGCCCUCCUCGCAACGAUUGUGAACCCAGACAUCCUGGCAGUGGUGCUUCAGGACAACGUCCCGAUCGAGCACUCGCACUCGUCGCACGCCCUCGUGGGGUUCGAGGCGUUCGUGCGCGGGAUCGACGUGUUCGUCGAAACGCCUGUGACGAAGAUGCGCGCGGGCGCGCCGGUUCUCGCCACCGUGAUUCAGAGCAUCGCGCAGUGCCGGAGCAACAUCGACGUCUUCUGCGUCUGCACGGCGAUGGGUCUGGCCACGCUCGAGCCGGUGAGUCACCUCGUGAAGCGCGCGUUCUUCCCCAACGACGAUCACUCGGACCUCCACGAGGCGAUCUUGGCGGGCGUCCGGAGCAAGAUGCGCUGCCCGUUCUUCGAGGCGCUCCGCAGAUACGCCGAACGGCCGAUCGGCGUCUUCCACGCCCUCGCGAUCUCCCGCGGAAACUCGGUCCGCAGGAGCAAGUGGAUCCAAGGCCUGAUCGAGUUUUACGGCGUCAACCUGUUCAAGGCUGAAAGCAGCGCGACGUGCGGCGGCCUCGACUCCCUCCUCGACCCCCACGGAUCGCUCCUCGACGCCCAAAACCUCGCCGCGCGCGCCUACGACGCGAACUACGCGUUCUUCGUCACCAACGGGACUUCCACCUCAAACAAAAUCGUCCUCCAGGCUGUCCUGCGCCCGGGCGACGUCGUUCUCGUGGAUCGCGACUGCCACAAGUCGCACCAUUACGGCUUUGUUCUCGCGGGAAGUUCGCCCUGUUACUUGGACGCCUACCCACUUCAUCGCUUUUCCAUGUACGGGGGGGUUCCGCUCGAGGCGAUCAAACGCACGCUGCUGGCGUACCGGUCUGCGGGCCGCGUGGCCGAAGUGAAGCUCCUCGUCCUGACAAAUUGCACCUUCGACGGCAUCGUCUACAACGUGAAACGCGUGGUGGAGGAGUGUCUGGCGAUUGCCCCGCACCUCGUCUUUCUCUUCGACGAGGCCUGGUUCUCCUACGCCAUGUUCCACCCCAUCCUCAAAAGGCGGACGGCGAUGCAUGCGGCCAACGAAAUCCGAAGAUGCCUGAUGGAAGGCCGGUACCACCGACGCUUCCAGGAGCUCCUGGAGACGCUGGGGACUGACGACCUGACUUCAGUUGACGCGGAGACGCUGGUGAAGACGCGGCUGUACCCGGACCCGCGCCGCAUGCGAGUCCGAGUGUACGCAACGCACUCCAUCCACAAAUCCUUGACUGCGCUGCGACAGGGCAGUAUGAUUCUCGUGAACGACGACUUGUUCGAGUCUCACGUCCACACGCCGUUCAAAGAGGCGUACUACACACACAUGUCGACGUCGCCAAACUACCAGAUUCUCGCGACGAUCGACGUCGGACGGUCGCAGAUGGAACUCGAGGGAUACGGCCUCGUCGAACGCCAAAUUGAAGCCGCCUUCUUCAUUCGCAGGCUCCUCACCCGAGACCUUCUCGUCCGGAAAUACUUCACGGUUCUCUCCCCUCGCGACAUGAUUCCGGCUGCGAUGAGGAAACACAGCAAAGCACUCCUGGGAGAAGAGGCGCUGCAGUGUGAGAUGAACUUGCAAACCCUCGAACAGGUCUGGCUCACCGACGACGAAUUUGUCCUCGAUCCCACGCGAAUUACACUCUUCACAGGCCUGUCAGGCCUCGACGGGGACACCUUCAAAGUGAAGUGGCUGAUGGACAAGUACGGGAUUCAGAUCAACAAGACCUCUCGGAAUUCUGUUUUGUUCAUGACCAACAUCGGCACCACGCGGUCGUCGUGCGUAUUCUUGAAGGCGUGCAUUCGGAGCUGCGCCCAAGAGCUGGAAAUGCACCGGCUGAUGAGUUCGACGCGCGAGCUGGAGGAAGUGAAUGACGCCAUUCGGGCUCUCGUUGAAGACUGCCCAGAUCUGCCGAACUUCUCCGCCUUUCACCCGGCGUUCAAAAAGACGCUGUUUCCCCACGACGUCUGUGAGCCUCCGAACGAACCGAGCCCAGCGGCAGAAGGCGGGGCGUCGGAAGGUUCGGGCGACGGAGCAAAGCCGGCGAGAGAGCGAGAGCGAGGAGACGGAGACCAGAAAGGGGCGACCGCAGGCUCGACGCCAGGCGAAGACGCACUCUCUCUCGUCAGAGAUGGCGACUUGAGAGCGGCGUUCUACCUCGCCUACGAUGAAGACGUCGUCAGAUACCUUUCUCUUCGAGAGACGAAAGAAGCAAUUCUCCGGGGCGAACAGCUCGUCGCCACCACCUUCGUCAUCCCCUAUCCUCCAGGCUUCCCUGUCGCGGUUCCUGGACAGGUUUUGACCCUCGCUUUGGUCGACUUUUUGCUCAAACUGGACGUGAAAGAGAUCCACGGAUUUGACCACAAACUCGGGUUUCGUCUUUUCACGGAGGGGAUCUUGAACGAUCAACUUCGGCAGCGCCGAGCGGCUGAACGCGAGAAAACAGAUCUGCAGGGCAUGCGUCUCCUUCCAUCUGCGCCGCAAAACGUGAAUGUGACAGUCAGCCCUCCCUGUGGAGCCACGGUGGAGAGCGAGGCCUCGCCGCCGAGUGUUUCUGCGGGCCGAGAAACACCCGACAACGCGGCGAAAUCUUCGUCUUCAGCGAACGGCAACGAGCUAGACUCGAAUCACGCGAAAACCGGCAGCACUUCCACGAAUGACACACGAAGAAGUGACACGUCCAGCAGUCCGCCUCCAAGCGGUAGGGAAGGCAAAAGAGAGCCGAACCCGUGA